UCACAGACAACAGUCUGAAAUCAAGGAGGAAGACACGGCUGUAUCCAUAGCCAAUCUCUGUUGAAUAUUAACCCUAACCUAACCUAAAGCUUCACCUCUGUCGUACUUGGGAAGAUGCAGUCAAAGAUUGAUGAGCAAGCAGCAUCAUGUUGCAGUCCUGCUUAUGUGCGCAAUCCACACUUGGCUGCACUGAAAGAAGACAUUCUCUAUCACUUCAGUCUUGGUACUGCCACUCAUGACCUGCCAGCCAUGUUCGGUGAUGUCAAAUUUGUGUGUGUUGGGGGUAGUCCCUGGAGGAUGAAAGAAUUCAUUGAGUACGUUGCUACUGAACUGGGAAUGGAAGACCCUAACUCAGAGUACCCAGAUAUUUGUGUUGGAACAGAUCGCUAUGCCAUGUACAAAGUUGGCCCAGUGCUCUCUGUCAGUCAUGGAAUGGGUGUUCCAUCUAUUGCCAUAAUGUUGCACGAGCUCAUAAAACUCUUCUAUUACGCCCAUUGCACAGACGUUACAAUUAUACGCCUCGGGACUUCAGGUGGCUUGGGGCUUGAGCCCGGUACUGUUGUUGUCACCAAGCAGGCUGUGGAUGCUACCUUUGUCCCCAAGUUUGAGCAGAUGAUUCUGGGAAAGAUGGUGGUGCGCAGUACAGAUCUGGACCAAAGCUUGGCUGAUGAGCUGUUGCAGUGUGGAAAGGAGCUGAACCUCUUUGAGGUGGUCAUCGGUAACACCAUGUGUACACUGGAUUUCUAUGAAGGGCAAGCCCGUUUGGAUGGAGCUUUCUGCUUCUACACUCAGGAGGAUAAGCAAGACUACCUUAAAAAAGCCUGUGAGGCAGGAGUGUGCAACAUCGAAAUGGAGUCCACAGUUUUUGCCGCUAUGUGCAAGAUGAGUGGAAUACGAGGUGCUGUGGUCUGUGUGACCUUACUGGAUCGCCUUAAAGGAGAUCAGCUGAGCAGCUCUCAUGAAGUUCUUCACAACUUCCAAAAACGUCCUCUGAUACUGGUUGGCUCGUACAUUAAGAAGAAACUGAAUGCCACCGCAGCACACAACUGAGUGAAACAUUUAUUGUGUACUGUGUAUCAACCUUAGGGAAUUUUCACUUGAAACUAGAAAUGGUAAGACCUAUAAACUAUAGUAGUAAGAUUUUAUUUUCCUAAAUGAUUACAGAAGUUAAAAAGUAUGUGUAACCUUUCUUGAUAUCAGUCCAAACCAAUAGUAGUCAGAUGUCUUCAUUAUGAUUAUCUCUCUUUCAUACAGCAACAAUUCAUGAAUGAAUCAUAUCCUAAAAAAUACUACCUGUGCC